GUCUUUAAACGAGGAAAAGGGAAAUUAUAUGUGAGGGAUGGCGGGGAAGGAAGAGAACCGAAUAUUUGUAGGAGGAUUAUCAUGGGAUGUCACGGAACGACAGCUUGAGCAUGCGUUUAGUCGCUUUGGCAAAAUCCUUGAAUCUCAGAAGUGUUUUUGGUCAGACUGACUGCAUCAAGUUGUUGAAGUGCAUAGUCAUCUCUGUUUCUAAUGUUCAAGCGCACAGCAUUCAUUUACAUUUAAGGGGAAUGGUUCACGGAAGGGAGCUGAAGUUAAAACUGAUUCUUUUAAAUUAUGUUAUGGAGAAAGAGUUUUAUUUGGAUUAAAGGAUCUUUGGCUGAAGCCGCAAGCCAUGUUUUUUACUUUAUUUGUGAUAUUUUCUUUUCUCAUGCUUGAAAUUUGGUGAGCCUAAAAUGAUUAUUGAGACUGCCUAAAGAAAAUUCCUUGUUUCUUAAGUGGCUGCUUUUGCUAAAGCAUCUAAAUGAAGAUUUCGUGGAGUUGGUCUCUGAAAAAUUUACUGCAAGACUAACGUCCUUGUUCAUCAUGGAAACAAAUGAGUAAUGAUCGGUGUCAAUUUGCCUUCCAAGAGGACCCAGAGGGUUGUCAAGAUAAAUUUUACUUUUGUAGGGUAUAUGAAGCACUUGUAGACAUUUCUUAGUCGUGAAGUACUUGAGGCACCUUACAUUAUACAAAUCUCGUGUGCCUGACCUUUUUAGUUAUGGAGUGUCCUUGUGUGCCAACUUUGUCUCUACUCGCUAGCAUAAAGUUUUCUGGGCCAUUAUUUUUCAAAUGAUGGCAAAGAUGCAAAACAAUUGCGUGUAUACUCAUGCACGAUUAUGCUGUUUUUCCUGAGGCCAAAGUUAUGUGCUUUUGGAUGGGAUUGACAUCCUUGUUUCUGCUGAUGUGGUGAGCCUGAGGUCCAAGAUCCAGUUUUUCGGCCUAAUUUUGUCAAGGUUUCUCUUUUGAUUUGCUUUGAAUUUCUCAAUUGAUUCAGUUUAGAAAUGCAGUCAGUGCUGGAUUAGUAGUGAACAUGUUCAGGAUAAGUUUCACCAUUUCCUUUGGAGUAUUGAUGCAGUUGUGUUAAUCUUUCCUCUUGUCUAACAUUGCAAACUAGUUAAAGUGAAUUUCAGAUCACUCUAAGACUAAUCCAUGAAUAUCCGUAUAGUGAACUCAAAUUUUACUUUUUCAUGCUUGGACCAUAUUCAUUGAAUCGAUUAGCAAACCCCAAUUAGUUGUUUUUUGGCUCUUGCCUCUGAUGGAAGCCUCAGGAACUAGAAAUUAUUUUUAAUGUGAGAUCCAACCAUGUUCGUUUACUAGCACUGCAUCUGUAUGGAAGAUAAUAGAUUCUGCACUCCUCUGUAGCACUAAGUUGGGUGCUUAUAGCAUUGCCGUGACUGCAUUAUCUCCUUCAGAAUUGAUAACAAGAGCUUUUUCCAAGUCAUCUGCUUGUGCAACCCAAACUGCUGAAGUUGUAAGAUAUUGCACUCAGUAUAUGUGGCCGCCAGCUGAACCAGCUUUUAGAUUUCUUAUCCUAAGCUGAUGGCAUGUGGAUAUGAGAAGUACCCUCUUUUAUGGUAGCUUAUGUUUGCAAGUAUAAUCUAACUUCAUCAGGAUAUGCAUGUUUUCAACAAGUCGUGGUUGAUGGGCGGGAUGAUUGUUUCUUGAUUUUGAUCAGUUCUGCUACUAUGGCCAUCUCUGGUAGAUCCUUUUUGGUCUCCCUGCUGACUGGAUUAGCCAAUCCUAGAAGCAGCUAGUUUUUGGGCUUGGUUUCCAAAUUGAAGAAAACUUUUGAUGAGGCCUGAUGAUGGUGUAUCUGCUUCUUGUUUCAAUUAUAGAUUGCAGAAAAACCAGUUGAUAUGGGAAAUUUUUUGGCUUGGAAAAGAUUGAUUUUGGCCGAACAUGGAAACCUUAUUGUCUAUUGUUUGUUAACACUUACCAGUGGGAAUGUAACCGUCUUUGAAAGAAAUACUAGCACUGAUUACUGGUUUAAUCAGGAUGUCCAGUUUGUAUCAUAAAGAGAGGAAGAGAGAAAAAGAAAGAACACCAUUUGUUUGACUGUAUGGGGAUUAUGAUAACGUAUCCAUAAACUGUUAUGUCAGAUUCUUUGGGAAAUGAGAUCAGGUCAGAGUUCUCCUAUUUUAUCAGAUCAGAAAAAGGAAAAAUGUGCAGUAUCUUCUGUUUUGUUUUAUGAAUCUUUGCAAUAUCAAACACAUAUCGAUGCCUUACUCACUAUAACAAGGAGAAAAUCAUGUUGGAAAGAGAUACAAGACGUCCACGUGGAUUUGGAUUUAUUACAUUUGCAGAUCGUCGGUCCAUGGAUGAAGCUAUCAGGGAGAUGCAUGGACGAGAGUUUGGAGAACGCAUAAUCUCAGUGAACAAGGCUCAACCUAAAAUGGGUGAAGAUCUUGACCAUGGCUAUAGAGGUUACUCAUCAAGUGGCAGGGGAGGCUAUGCAGGUGGAGACAGGCCUGUAGGACAGGAUGAAUGCUUCAAAUGUGGACGCUUUGGGCAUUGGGCCCGAGAUUGCCCCUCAGCUGGCGGUGGUGGCCGAGGUGGGAGUGGUGGCAUGUUUUCUUCACGUUCAAGGUAUGGAGGGGCUGAUGACCGUGGUGAUCGCUUCAGAGAUCGUGAUCGGUAUGUUGAUGACCGAUAUGAUGGUGGACGCUAUGGAGAUAGGGACCGUUUUGACAGCAGAGAUGAUAGGUAUGGAAGCCGCGAUCGGUAUAUUGGUGACAGGUAUCCCCCUAGUGGAGACCGAUUUGGUGAUCGUUAUGGUGGUUCAGAUCAUUUUCCUCAAACUGGUUAUGGCAAAGAGAGAGCCUUCCGUGAUGUUGCUUCAAGAAGUGGUGAUAGGUAUGGAAGUGGAGGGCCAGCACGCAAUGAUGGAAGAAGCUACAGGAACAGGGGUGGUCCUUAUGAUCGUCCUGGCAGGGGAGGACGCCCUUCUUCCUUUGACCGCUAUUAAGUGUUCUCAGUAUACUCUUUGAACGUUUAGGUCUGAACUGUACGCUAGGAACUCUUUUUGUCUAUCAAUCAUGUAGGAUUGCUUGAACUUCGGUGAAUGGCAGGAUUGACGUAUGCAAUGUUACUUAAUUGGAGAACCUGUUCACUUAUUUCUUGCUA